AUGACUGGCAACGAUGGCCUAUCGUCAUCCUUUGUGGAGACCGUAGCAGGGUUGACGGCGGGAAUUGUUUCAACGCUUUGCCUGCAUCCGCUGGAUUUGAUCAAGACUCGACUUCAGGUUGACCCGUCUUUAAGCUCUCGCAGCCAUGGAUCACUCCGACUUGUCCAAGGCAUCUUUCAGCGUGAAGGUGGCCUGGCUGCAUUCUAUCGAGGCCUGACGCCCAAUCUCCUUGGAAACUCGACUAGCUGGGCCCUAUACUUCCUGUGCUACGGCAAUAUCAAAGACUUGAUGCGAACCUGGCGUGGAGGUACUUCAGGAGAGGGUUUGAGCUCGGCCGACUAUUUUCUAGCCUCGGGAUCCGCCGGUAUGCUGACAUCCGUCUUAACGAAUCCUAUCUGGGUUAUCAAAACCCGCAUGUUGUCAACCGGCUCUCGGGUACCAGGAGCCUAUGCCUCCCUCGUCGUGGGCGCGAGACAGAUCUUCCGCUCAGAGGGCUUAUCCGGCUUUUAUAGGGGCUUAGUCCCGGCGAUGCUCGGAGUCAGCCAUGGUGCGCUGCAGUUCAUGGCUUAUGAGCAACUGAAGCUGUAUCGCACUCGCAUGGCGGCCGGCGACGCCCAAGGCGGUACCGAUGAGCUGGGGAACGUGGACUACUUCGUCCUGUCCAGCCUCUCGAAGCUCUUUGCUGGGUGCGUAACAUACCCAUACCAGGUAUUGCGGUCCCGGUUGCAGACCUAUGACGCGCAUAUCAUUUACAUGGGCGUUCGCGAUGCGGUAAUGAAAAUUUGGGUCAGAGAGGGAAUCAAGGGCUUCUACAAAGGUUUGGUGCCAAAUCUGCUGCGGGUACUACCCAACACAUGGGUCACGUUCCUUGUAUAUGAGAAUACUCGGGCAUAUUUGCCGCGGCUGGUUCUUAAGGGGUAG